AUUAGAGAAUACGAAACUGAUACCAUGUUGAUACGGAACAGCGGAUGAGCGGAAUGUUUCAGUUUCAGAUAACGUUUGUGUGGCACAAGUAGUGCUCCCGGUGUUUGUUUUCGUUUCUCUCAUCGAAUUUUGUUUUCCUUGAAAAAUAUUGUUCGCGAAAUAUUUGUUUGUCAUAUUCACUCUUCAAUGGUUUAUUCUGAUACUUCCUACAUGCCUUUGAUUUAAUUUCGGACAUUUCUUAGAAUAGACGAAACAUAAACAUUGUCUACCUCAACUCACAUUUAAAAUGGCUUCAAGGGAGAAAGUAACAUCACUGAGUGAUUCCAGUUCAGAUGAGGAGAGCUUUUCCCACAAAAAUUACAAGCCUCCUUUGAAAAAACAAAAAACCCAGUAUUACAACAAUGUAGAUAAUACUAGCUCAAGGAAUGAUGUGAAUUACAGUGAAUUAUCUGAACGUAACACUGUGAUUGUCAGCCCAUCCAAAAGUAAUAGUGAUGGAGGAUAUGCAUUCAAUGCAGCAAGCAGCAGUCAAGAUUCAGAAUCAAGUGAAGAUGAGCCUGUCAUGCCAUCUGUACAUCGAGAAUUUAUCAAACCAAAGUCUACUGCAGCCCCAGUCAUAAAUCAGAAAGCUACUGCAAUGAUGGCUAAAAUGGGUUGGUCCAAAGGAACAGGACUUGGUAAGAAUUCCCAAGGCAUGACACAGCCGAUUGAGGUUUCUAAACAACGAGGAAAAAGAGGAUUGGGUCUACAAAUCAAAGGAUUAGAAGCUGAAGACGUCGAAUGGGACACAAGUAGAGAGACUGUUGAAGUAGAAGAAAUCGUUUCGUGGCUUCCGUCAGAUCCCAUUCCUGCUCCUAAUUUGUCCGAAUUGAAGAAUUGGGUCAUAGAAGGACCCAAAAAAUUAACCAUCGAUGAUGAAACAACUUUUUGCGCCGCUGAUGUUUUGCAAAAAGUCCUUCAGUGUAAAUCCAUAUUUGAUGUACUGGAAGAAGAAGAACUAAGAAAAGCACGCUCUCGCUCCAAUCCGUUCGAAACAAUUCGAGGAGCGUUUUUUCUUAAUAGAGCAGCCAUGAAGAUGGCUAAUCUAGACGCAGUUUUUGAUUUCAUGUUUACCGAUCCUAGAAAUGAAGAUGGCAGUCCCUUUCUUGCUGCGAAUGAACCACUUUAUUUUGCUGACGUUUGUGCUGGUCCAGGCGGCUUUUCGGAAUACGUGUUGUGGAGGAAAAAAUGGGAAGCGAAAGGCUUUGGUUUUACCCUAAAGAAAUCAAACGAUUUCAAGUUGGAAGACUUCCAUGCUGCCCCUUGCGAAUGUUUUGAACCUCAUUACGGCGCUGGGGGAGUUGAUGGAGACGGAGAUGUGUAUAGUCCUAAAAACAUCAGUGAAUUUAAACGUUUUGUUAUUUCUCAGACCGGCAAAGGUGUACAUUUUAUGAUGGCUGAUGGAGGAUUUUCAGUUGAAGGUCAGGAAAAUCUACAAGAAAUACUUUCCAAAAGGCUAUAUCUUUGCCAGUUCCUCGUAGCGUUGUCUAUAGUUCGACCAGGUGGGCACUUUGUGUGCAAGUUAUUCGAUUUAUUCACACCAUUUAGUGCGGGUUUAAUAUACUUGAUGCUUCGCUCCUUCAAACACAUUUCCAUUCAUAAACCUAAUACUUCUCGACCGGCGAAUUCGGAAAGGUAUAUAAUCUGUAAAUGGAAGAGGCACGACACUCAAGAUGUAGAGACUUACCUUUACGAAAUAAAUCGCCGUCUUGAACAGUUGGGCAGUUCCAAUACAGACAUCACUGAUAUCGUACCGCUGGAACUAAUGACAUGCCAUGAACAAUUUUAUAAUUACCUCGUUGAGUCCAACAAUGCUUUAGGAAUGAGACAAGUUAUUAACCUCGCCAAAAUUGCCGCAUUCUGUAAAGAUGUUACGCUUAGAGAGGAUCGACAGUCUGAACUGAGGAAGCAAUCAUUAGAUUUUUGGAAAAUUCCAGACAAAGCUCGCAUGGCACCAUUUAGGAUGACUCCGGCAGAAAAAUCUAAAGAUCUUUUACCAAAUAAUUCCUGCGUACUAGACCAGAAAGCAACUGCAAUGGACAUUUCUGUUUUUCGUGAAGCCGUAAAAUCUGUCUAUGAUUGGAGAUGCGUCGUUAUCGGAUUGGAAAAAGAUAAUCCUAUGCAAACCUUUUAUCUUGGAUUAGGCCGUAACAAUGUCUUCCGCUGGGAUGCAACUAAAUGCCGAUGGCAUAAGCUGAUUGAACAUGUGGAACUAGCACGCGACACAUUAAUCUAUGGAGAAUUAAUCCAAGAACUGCGAGGAGAAGGCAGAUCUCAAAAGCGUUCUCUUGCCCUCCAUGUCAUAGAUGCAGUUUUUUUAGGCGGUGUGGAUGUUAGUCAAUUUCACAUGAAAGAAAGAAGUGAAAAAAUCCGACAAUAUUGCAAGGCUUUGAACAAGGCUAGCCGGACGGAUCUAGUCACUGUCCGAGCAAAGGAAAACUUUACACUUGAAGAUGUGAAUCAAAUUUUCCAUCGGCUAAUCCCAAGAAUAAUUAAAAAUUCUGGUUGUCAAGAACGUCUCGUCUUUUGCCUAGAAGACGACGAACAAAGGGCUUACCUCCCGUCCGGACUAUUGUUGUACAAAGCCACAAAGGAUCCGUGGAUGUUAGCUCUUAGUAAGAGCUCUGGGAGACAGUACUGGUACCAUGUGAUGAAACGAACCUCUAUGUACGAUUGCCCUCUCGAUUCUAUUGCUAAUUCCAUUGAUUGUCACAGCAGCCGGAUCGCGUGGUGGUGGAAAAAUGGCCUUCAAGGACCUCAACAGAGUUCGUUUGAUCAAGUCACUAAAGACGAUUUUAUUUCUAUGAUUCACUCAAUGGUUGGCAAAUGAGUGAUUCAUUCAUAAUCAGGAUUAUGUAUGCCAUUCAAUAAUUCAGAAAUACAUGUUUAUGAUUUGA